AGUACACACACAAGCAGACACAAGUUACAAAUCCUUCACCGAAAAAGUGUACUGUCAUUCCCAACCUGCAAUAGUUUGUUAAACGCUUUGUUUAUUCCCUCGUUAUAACAAUGGCACUAGUCGAAAGAGAUCCUUCGAGGUAUUUACCUGAUUACGAUGUUCAAGCUCCCGUUCAACAUCACUUUAGCCCAUAUUCUGACAAUGGAGGGAGUGUUGUUGCUGUUGCAGGUGAUGACUUUUCUGUUAUUGCAGCAGAUACUCGUCUCAGUACUGGUUUCUCUAUUUACACACGCCAGCAGAAAAAAUUAUUCAAACUUUCGGAGACAACAGUUUUGGGUUGCUCAGGAUGUUGGUGUGAUACUUUGACUCUUACCAGACUGAUUGCUGCUCGUAUGCAGAUAUAUAACCAUGAGCACCACAAAAUAAUGUCUACUCCAGCAGCUGCUCAGAUGCUUUCCAUAAUGCUUUAUCACAAACGAUUUUUCCCAUACUAUGUAAGCAAUAUUUUAGCUGGAGUUGAUGAUGAUGGUAAAGGUGUCAUAUAUAGAUAUGACCCUGUUGGUCAUUGUGAAAAAUCCAAUAAUGUAGCUGGUGGAUCUUCUGGUGCUUUGCUUCAGCCAUUGUUGGAUAAUCAGAUUGGUUAUGCAAAUCAAGAGAAUGUAGAAAAAAUUCCACUAACAAAAGAAAAAGCCUUAGCUAUUGUUAAAGAUGUGUUCAUAUCUGCCGCUGAGAGAGACAUUUAUACUGGUGAUGGUAUUAACAUUAACAUUAUUACAAAGGAUGGCAUAGAAGAACAGUACUUUGCUUUGAGAAAAGAUUAAUUGUACAUUGUGCAUUUUUGUAAUUUAAUUUCUAAUUAAAUAAAUUAUACUUUAUACUGGAAUACUUUUUUGAUAAAUUAAAGUUA